CAGCAGAAGCGCUGCUGCGGGAGCGGGAGCGGGAGCGCGAGGAGGAGCCGGCUCGCGAGCGCGCGCGCGCUUGCCCCCUCCCAGCCCCGAAGCCUAGAGCGGAGGGGCUGCACCAUUCGGAGUGCAUCGUCCGUGCCUUGCCUUGCAUUGCAUUGCAUUGCGUGGUUGCUCGCAGAUUUUUCUCCCUCCCCCUUUCCCCCCACCCCUAUCCCCGCUUCUUUGGCAGUGGAGCAGCCCUCGGGAGGCUCAGGACAGAGAAAACGUGGAUAGGUGCUUGGCUGCACCUGGGUGUCAAGGGCUGGUGUCACAAUGGCAGAGAAAGUGAACAAUUUCCCUCCCCUGCCCAAGUUCAUCCCACUGAAGCCAUGUUUCUAUCAGGACUUCGAGGCGGAGAUUCCCCCUCAACACCUCAACAUGACGAAACGCCUCUAUUAUCUCUGGAUGUUAAACAGCAUCACAUUGGCCAUGAACCUGGUGGGCUGCUUGGCGUGGCUGAUUGGAGGCGGUGGAGCCGUUAACUUUGGACUGGCCUUUCUCUGGUUCAUUCUCUUUACCCCCUGCUCCUAUGUCUGCUGGUUUCGGCCUAUUUACAAAGCCUUCAAAUCAGACAGCUCUUUUAACUUCAUGGCCUUCUUCUUCACCUUCUUGGCUCAACUGGUCGUCAGCAUCAUCCAGUCUGUGGGGAUUCCUGGCUGGGGAGUCUGUGGCUGGAUCGCAACCAUCACUUUCUUUGGGACCAAUGUGGGAGCUGCAGUGGUGAUGCUUAUCCCCACCAUCAUGUUCUCCCUCAUGGCUGUCUUUUCCUUCAUCGCCCUCAGCAUGGUUCAUAAAUUCUACCGGGGCAGUGGUGGGAGUAUAAGUAAAGCCCAAGAAGAGUGGACUACUGGGGCUUGGAAGAACCCACAUGUUCAGCAGGCAGCCCAGAAUGCUGCCAUGGGGGCUGCCCAGGGAGCUGUGAGCCAACAUCAGAAUCCAUACUCUGCCACCCCCAAUUACACUUAUUCUAAUGAGAUGUGAACAGGAGACUGGGAGGGCAGGGAAGGGGGAAAGUAGGAAGGCAGGGAGAGGAGAGGAGCGGAUCUAAAGCUGCCUUGAGGCCAUCUUGGUGAUUAAGUUGGGGUUGUACUUUCCUAUCUUUUCCUUUCUUUCCCUACCUUCCUACUUUGUAAAAAGGAAAAGAAUUACAUAUAUAUGUAUAUUUCCCCUCUCACUGUCCCAACCCCAUUUUCCCUUUGUGGUAUCUGCAGAAGCCGUGGGUCCAUGUGGCAGAUGGUGCUAUGUGGUAGUACCUGUGUGUCUGUGUUUCAUCGUGAUCUAGUGUAGAGUGGAGACACCCAUUGUCGUGGGCUAAGUAUGUUUUAGAAUCAAGCCAGUCCCCAGAGCCACGGCAUUCUGGUUCCCUCCCCUCCCCUUACCCCGCCUGGACCUCAUCUCCAACUUGAUAUGACAGCUAAAGACAUCCUCUCUGCCUGACUUUGGAGCUGGACAGGGCUGCCCGUUACAGACCAGCUCAGGAUAUUGUUCCCAAUGGACUCUUGCCCACCCUGCUCUCUUUCUCUUGAAGCUGUUAAUUGGGGGUGUGGGUAGGGGAGGAGGUAUGGACUUCUGAGAUGUCUCCUCUUUACCACCUCUUAGCUCUUCCUCACUGCCAUGGUGUCACGAGCUAGGGAUGGUUUCUUCAGUGUGUUAGAAAAUGACAGUAUUAGUGUAUGAUUGAUACACUACAGGGCUGAGUUAACUAUCCCACCUGCUCUCCUUUUUCUUUGACUUAGCCUCUCUUCUUCUCUCUAAUUUUCUAUUUUAUUGCUUCUCAUCUCUUGCACUCAGUCCAUUUCCUUCUCCCCUGUGCCCAAUGUGUAUUUUUCCCUUGGCCUUCCUGAAACCUAGUGUUUCACAGAUUGAGUCUGAGCCAUAGGAAAUGACCUAAGUCAGAUGGUUUAUUCCCUGCCUUUAUCCAGGGCUGAGAUGAGUGACAUCUCCAUCCCUUUGCUGGUCUCCUGCCUGGUCCUUCCAAGCUUAGGGGAGCUGAGAUGCCCCCAGUCCCACACAGUGCUCUGCUGGCCAGGUGUGGGUAUGGAUGGUGGGGUGCCCCAUAGCCGGAAAAUGGAUCUUUGGAACUCCUUAAUAGCUUUGUGUCAUGACAGUGUUUGUUCCUGGAAUGAGGGAGGAGUAGCAAGUAGGGGUAACUUGAAUAGUGUGUGCAUGCAGAAUAUAGAAAAGUGUUCAUGACUUUGAGAUCUCAGCCUGCAAAGACAGAGGAAAGAGGCCAGACUUAGACAGGGAACAGUUUUUCAAGCCUCCAUCAGAACAAAGCAGUGGCUUUCCCUGUCCCAGGUUGUUUCCUCUGACUCUCUUCCCCUUCUUUUUGGCCCUCUUUCUUCUCCUCCUCUUCACAGCUUAACCUGCCCACCCUCACCAGUGACGCUCUGAGACUUGAGACUUUUUAUCAGGUUACCCUCUAGCCUGUUGAAAUCCUGUCCAUGCCAAAGGCUCCCUUAUCUCUACUUACCUAUGGCUGCUCAACCCUUCCUGUUCCUCCUUGAUGCCCAGUGGUAUUUGCAUGUUACAAGGGGAAAAAACUAGCUUCCUUUAAAGGGCAGACAUUCAAUCACUUCUUGACAGUUGAUAACAAUCAUCAUCUGGGACUAACAGGUAAAAGUGCAGCUUGAGUUGAGAAUGCUGUGGUAUACACUCAUAUAUCUGGAAUGAUCAGGGGUCCCUGCCCAGGGAGGCUAAACAGGUUAUAGGCAUCUAGCAAUCUGGGGACGUGAAGGAGACAUGAUCUGUUCUGACCUUUGAAACACCAUGGUAGCUGCAUGGCAUGAUGGCUCCAGUCUGCAGGCGCAGGAGGAAUUGAUAGGGUUUUGCCCUUGGCCCUUGAAUGUCUGCCCUGCAAUGGGAAUUAAGGUCUCUGGUCCUCAGGUGUCCUCAGCCCUUGACCCCAAAUGGAAGUGAGCCAAACUGGGUUGCUUGGUUCAUCAGAAAAUUUCUAAUCAUGCUUGCUUGGACUUUAUUCAUGUGCUCUGUGUGGCCAGAGACCUCCUUUGGGUACUCCCACUCACACACCCACUCCCCAGACACAGUCCCAGUCAAUCUGAUGGACAGAGAUGAUACCAGUGUAGAGAAGCUCCGAUCUAAUGGGAAUACACAAUUUCACAAUUUCUAACCUCAAGCACUCCCCUCUCCAAGUCUGAUGGGGAAGAAAUAAGCUGUUUUCAACAUGGAACCCCUCGUCUGCUGGGAUCUCUACUUUUGGAGAGUUCUUAGUCUGAUGAGAGGGACAGGACUCAGAAUAUUGACUAUGGACUUAGCCAGACAAAUCUGUAAAGACACAUGUGACCAGCCUCAGAUGGAAGCACUGUGAACAGAAAAGAAUUUCCAACAGGAGAGCUGUCUCGACUUCAGGGCCUUCAAAAUCAAGGAAACGUUGGCCACUGUAAAUCUUACCAGCUGAUGCCAAGAGUCCCUGCGGCUGAGGCCCAUUCUAAGCCUCACUGUCUUUGGGGUCAUCUUAAUAUCAAUCAUGACUUGGAGAGAAUUGUAUGGGGCUAACAAAACUUCAUCCCCCAUGACACACAGAGGCUUCUUCCCACUUCUACGCCAGCGUUGAUGUUUGGCUCCUUGCUCAGCACAAAGGCCAAAAUUUGGUCUUCUGUGUUUGAAAGAAGUGAAGGUUGCUGUCUAUGGACCAUUCCCAUUAGGGUCAGGCAGCAAUAGUUCUCCACCCACUCUCCCAUCCUUGAUGUCUCCAGUUGCUUUAUACACUGGCUUCUGUAUUAUGACCGUCAGUCUUUGUGAAGGGCACAGGAAAAAAACCCAAACCCAUUCUGAAUUUCAAUCCUGUAUAUGAUAUUGAAAGGGAAUACUUCAUCCAGCGGCGACAUCAGCAUUCGUACCAGCGUGCUCAAUAUGAUGCUUCUUGUGGCUGAUCCCCUCUUCUGCUGCUUGUUGAUCAAUAGAGACCAGAUAGAGGCUUUGGGCAGACCAGCCAUCUGCCGUCCUGGGGCCUCAUGCAACCCUGGUUGGUAAUCUCUCAGAUACUCUGGGUCCUUUGUUUAUCCUCCAUGUGGCUGACUAUGUGAUCGCUUGACAUCUGAGUGCCCUUUACAGUAGUGAAUCUCUCUUUGCUACUGUCAGAUUUAUCAGGCCUCUGGGGCUCUGGGCCCUUGCCUUGCCAUGGAUUAACACAGGCAACUUCAAGAACCUUUUGGAGGCCCUUUUGGGUUCCCUGCACUUAGGGAGCCAGUGAUCCCUUGUAAGAACUGAAAACUGCAUGGGAAGACUUUGUUUAAACUGGUUCUCAAGUUUGGUUCUGUAGAUAUCUAAUUCCACUUUCCUGUUAAUUGCUUCUUUCCAUAGGACAAUAAGAUACUAGCUUCGGAACCUAAGGUGACUGGGUUGGAGAGUCACAUAGUCCUAGAAUGUUAGAACUGAAAGGGGACUUAGAGACCAUCUAGUCCAACUCGUUGCAUUUUAGAGAUGGGGAAACUGAGGCCAAGAGAGAGGAAAUAUUCGCUCAAGGUCACGUAGUUAGCGAGUGGAAAAAUCAGGACUCAACCCCAGCAUUUCUGGGCUCUCAGUCUCAUGCUUGCUUCUCCGGACUAUGUUUUCUCUUCCACAUGAGACCAGACAAAUGCUGCUCCCUCCUCUGCCCCAUAGUGGAAAGGGAUGAUAGGGUCAACAGGUAAGUUGUCCUUCACUUCUUCUCCUGUGUCCCCAGCCCCAGAUUCCUGGUGCUGUCGGUCCUUUUUAGAAAACUUGUGACUUGCUUUCUGUCUGAUAACCCCAGAAGAUCCCUACAAUGCAGCGUGAGGUCAUUUUCUCUCAAGCCUGCUUCCUAUGAGGAUCAUAAUUUCACUGGGACUUUUACCUAGUAUUCUGUCUGCCGUGUUCACUUUGCAUUUCUUCCCAGAGUCCUUUCUGCUCAGACCUGCUGGAGACCACAGGCCAAGCGGUGAUUUUAGGCUAACAAAUGGGUAGGUUAUGUAGUCUUUGGCCAGAAGCCCAGUCCAUUGGGUGCUGCCCUAGUCUGCCCUCCCAGGAAGUGGGGUCUCUGGUUCUGGGGAUCUAUGCACUUCUCUGCCCCACCCCAGAGAAGGGCUGGGAGGGCUUGCAUUCUCUCUCUCCUUCGUAGCUUCUCUGAGAGGCAGGCGGUUCCUCUCUUCCUACAUUCUGAACUAAUCUAAGUAAGAGGUAGGUACUUAUUGUCCGGCUCGGGCAAAGGGAGAGGAACCUGGAGAAGAUGCCAAUGUAGGCCUAGAGCAGGGGUCGGGGUGGGAUUGAGGGGAAGGGGAAGGAGUGUUCUCUGGUCCCUUGUCAGCGCCUGGCCCUCUGGAGAAUAACUGAAUUUUCUUUUUGUUCUGACACCCUCCAUUGGACAGAAGGUAUUUUUAUGUUACUCACUGGGGGGUGGUCACAUUCCCUGUGCCAAUCCCCACUUUGAGCCAUUCUGUGUUUGUCCCUGGUAACUGAAUGUCGACUCUGUAGACUUAUUAACAAUAAACAAGAAUCAUCUGGCA